ACUUUGCCCCAAGUUUCUGUGCGUUGCCAAACAACCAAAGUUAAUAUGGAUUUGAGCAUGAUUGUUGCUAAUUGAUCAUUUUUAGAUGCAGAUAUUACGUAAGAAAUAUAUAUAAUUGGUUUACAGCUUUAGUAAGUUAUCAUCAUCCUAUAUUUCUCUUCGAUAUAUAAAAUUCUCUUAUAGUGUGCCUUUGCUAUAGGCCUAAAAUAUACAAACAUUGACUACCUUUAAUAAUGUCUGAGAAUCAGGAAUAUCCGAACGACAAAAAUUUCCAGAGUCAAAGUGUAAAUCAGGAACAACCUAAGGAAGCGAAUAACAAUAUUAUUGACUUAAUGAAUGAAGAAGAAAAUGAAGAUGGUGUGAAAUAUACAUCAGAUGAUAAAAAAAUAGACGACGAUGACUCUGAUAAUCUUAAGAUAGACUUAGGUUAUGCAGAUGAAGAAGAGGGUCAAGAACCACCAGAUGAAGUAUAUAAACAGUACGUAAGAAAAAAACUUCUGGAAGUCAAUAAAGAAUUUGAAAAGGAAGCUAACGAUGAAAAUCAAGGCAGCGAUAAUGAAAGACAAAAAACUAUUAAAUUUUCAAAUCAGGUUGUUGAAGUAGCUCCAUCUCCACGAAAUUACUCAGAAACCGAUGAAGAUAAUGAAGACUCCGGAACAACGGAUGAUUUAAACUCCGAAAGUCAGGGUGAAAAGGAAAUAUGCUCGAAAAAGGAUGAACCAAAUAAGUCUCAAAACAAGGAUGAAGAAACCGACCAACAAGAAGGAAAAAAUGAGCAAAAUUUAUUUAAUAACGAUUCGAAAUCUACAAAAAAAUCAGAUCAAGAGGAGAAUAUUCUGGUUGAGAAAGAUGGAACAUAUAAAUUAGUAAAAAAGAGUGAAUUAGAAGCCAUUGAAAAAUCCAACAAUGAUCAGACUACACCAAAACCUCCAAACGAGCCUAGACCAAAAUCAGCUAAAUCAUCACGUCCAAGAUCAACUCCUGGGAGACUCCAGUCAACCCAAAAAGUAGAUAUAUCCCAUUAUGUUUCCCCAUAUGCUUUAAGUGAUACACAGAAAAAGGAAGGAGAAAGACAGAGAAAGGAAAGAGAGAAACAAGAAAGAGAGAGAGAAGAAGAAUUAAAAAAAGAGGAGGCUAGAAAGGAGGCAGAACAGGAAGCUAAUUUUCAGUGUUGGCUGAGGAAAUCCUUGCAGAAAAGAAGAGAUGAGCAAAAGCAAGAAGAAGAGCAAAGACAAAGAGAAGAAAGACGAAAAAAAGAGGCAGACGAAGCGGACAAACAAAAGAAAAAUCGAAGUUCUAUUUCAUUCCCUAAUUGGCUGGAUAGCAAACGACAACAAAGAGAAAAGGAAGAGUUAUCUAAAAGAGAGAAACAAAAGGAAGAGCAGGAUCAUGCUAAGGCUUUUGCUGCAAGCAAGAAAGAAUGUGAAAAGGCCUUUAAGAGAUGGAGAAGACGGAAGAUAAAUGAAGAAAAAAGAAAGCAGCAAGAACUUUCGACCAAAAAUAAAACAAAUAAGUUGUUAUCAAGACGAACGAGGAAUAAGGCUCUUUUGCUGUCCUAUGCAGUUAGACAACAAUCUGCUUUUAAGGAUGAUGUAGAAUGGGAUGAAGCACAAGAAAUUGAAGCUCAAGAAAAAAUUAAGGAAAACAGUAAAACUAAAAUUUCACCAGACUCUUCAGCUAAGUAUGAAAAUGAAGCGCACAAAUACUGGGAUGCUUUUUAUAGUAUUCAUCAAAAUCGAUUUUUCAAAGAUCGUCAUUGGCUAUUCACAGAAUUUCCUGAAGUUUUACCCAAUAAUCUGGAAGAAUAUAACGGGCAACAAGAAAAUAGUGAAUUCGUCGGGUCUCAUGCGAGUUACAGGAUAUUUGAAGUUGGAUGUGGAGUUGGGAACUCAGUCUUUCCUAUUAUACAAUCUGCAAGAAGCAAAAACUUGUUUGUUUAUUGCUGUGACUUAUCAGAAACAGCCAUAAAUCUGGUGAAACAACACAAUGACUACUCAGAAAAUAGUUGUCACGCCUUUGUUCACGACAUCACUGAUAUAGAUAAAACUCUUCCCUUUCCCGAAGGAAGUUUAGAUGUCAUAGCUUUAAUAUUUGUUCUCUCAGCUGUGAAUCCUAAUAGAAUGGAAGAUUGUAUAAUUCACCUCAGUCGAUAUCUGAAACCGGGAGGAAUAAUACUUUUUCGUGAUUAUGGUAGAUAUGAUAUGGCUCAAUUGCGCUUCAAAAAUGGUAAAUGCUUAAGUGACAACUUUUAUGUUCGAGGUGAUGGAACAAGAGUUUACUUUUUUACUCAAGACGACUUGAGAAAUAUUUUUGCGAAAGCAGGAUUAAUUGAAAUACAGAACCAUAUUGAUAGAAGGAUGCAAGUGAAUAGAGGCAAGAAAAUAAAAAUGUAUCGGGUCUGGAUACAAUGUAAAUAUAAGAAGCCAAACAAUUAA